AUGUCCAGCAAAACCAUCGCCAUCAUCGCCGGCGUCGGCCCAGGCACCGGCGCAGCCAUCGCCCGCAAAUUCGCCUCCGCCUACCCCGUCGCUCUCCUCUCCCGCAAUCCCGACACCUACAUCCCCAUCGUCGACGCCAUCAACAGCUCCGGCGGUAAAGCGAUCGGGAUAUCGACCGAUGUCUCGGACUCGAAGAGCGUCAAAGGCAUGGUGGAGAAGGUGAAGCACGAAUACGGAAACGACGUCAAGUGCGCGGCGGCGAUCUUCAACGCCAGUGGGGCAUUUGUUCGAAAGCCCUUCCUGGAGCUGACGGAAGAGGUGUUGGAUGCGAGUUAUGCCGGGAGCGUCAAAGGAUCCUUCCUCUUCUCCCAAGCCACCCUCCCCCUCCUCCUCGCCGCCACCACCCCCUCCACAUCCACACCCACACCCCCCCACCCCCCGACCCUCAUCUUCACCGGCGCCACCGCCUCCGUCAAAAGCUCCGCCCUCUUCGCCGCCUUCGCCACCAUGAAGUACGCCCUGCGCGCCCUGGCGCAGUCGCUCGCGCGCGAGUUCGGCCCCCAGGGCGUGCACGUCGCGCACGCCGUCAUCGACGGCGUGAUCAACGUCCCCCGCACGCAGGCGUACGGGUUGCCGGCGGAGGCCAAGAUCGAUCCGCGCGCGAUUGCGGACGCGUAUUGGCACCUGCAUACGCAGCCGAAGACGAGCUUUACGUGGGAGAUUGAUAUCAGGCCGGGUGUGGAGAAGUGGUGA